AUGGCCGCUGCCAUCACCAGCUGGGUGCUCAACCCAAUCCAAUCUUUCACAAUGUCUCGACCACGUACUCGCAAAUUAUGGUGCGCUGUCCCUGGCAAUCUUAGGCGGCCAUUCUCUAUAGAGUGUGUUGCAGACCAAGACGAUAUUGAGACACUCAUGAAGAAGAUUUGGGACCAUGCACCAGCACGCGCCAAGAAAGAUGCAUCUGACUAUGGCGAUCUCAUCCUCUACAGCCCUGUGGUGCAACUCAAUCAUGAAGAGGAGUUCAGGAUUGAUGAUGGUGAAUUCCUACAUCCACGCCGAAUGAUCACGUCCAACCCACUCUUCCCCGAAAGCAAGGAUUCAGAUGUGGAUAUUGUUGUUGUUGUUGUUGUGAUGAGUGGAGGUGCCACUCCACAGAAGUGCUCGGAAUCACAAAAUGUGAAUCUAUCUCCGGGACGGCCCAUCACAGAGGAUCCUCAUGUAUGUCCUCGAGAGCAUACAGUGUCAGAACUUGCAGCCAUUUUGGAUGAAGUGAACAUAGUCCAUGUGCGUGGAACUCCAGCCAGCGGGAAAACAUAUCUCUCUGAACUUCUGAGGCACCACUAUCGCAAAGAGGGAAGAAGGGUUUCCUUGAUCAAAAAAUGGGAAGGUCUCAAUUUUAAGAAUCCUUGGGGCAGUCUUGUCAAGCUUGUUGAGAAAUGGAAUGAAGAACUAGAUGGUGCCCCCACCACUAGUUUCACCACAACUUCAUCAAAAUCCAAACAUGACCCCUCUUGGGUCUUGAUGUCGAACACUGUUAUUCUCGUGGAUGAGGCACAGGUGACCUACAGUGAUGAUGUGCUCUGGAACACAAUCCUCAAACAGAGACAGUCAUCUCUUUUUGGUUAUAAUUUUCGACUAUGUCUUUUCUGCUCUUACGGCAGUCCAGAAGCAGGCCCAGAUCAAACAUUCUUCACUCCAGUCAGGCUUUCUAACCAACAAUGCAUCUCAUUGACACCACAAAGCCGGCAAGGCUCACCAACUAUUGGUUUAUUUUAUGACAAAGAAGAGUUCAAGGAUGUUGUUUCACGGUCAAUUCCACAUGAAUAUCGAAAAAAUUCCACUUCUGAUGAAGUCGCCCCAAAAAAGUUCACUUUUGAUGAAGUCGCCCAGGACUACAUAUUUGCAUUAUCAAAUGGCCAUCCCGGAGCAGUUGAAUCCAUACUCAACGCACUUUUCCUAACCUAUCACCAUGACAUCAAGCAUGGACAUAUUAGGACCUUGACAGAAGAUCAUGUCAUCUGGUUCCUGGAGGACACUGCCACAGUCUUUUCAAAACUAAGCACGCAGCCAGUUAAUCGCUCUUUCCCUCGUAUGGAGAGAUUUACAGGCGGAAUUUCGAACAUAUUGAACACGAUUACGGAGAAAGGAAGUGUUCCAUUUGAUUUCAAUGAUGCAGAUAUCAGGUCCUGUUAUCAGAAUGGUUGGAUUCACCGGGUAGCUCUAGAUGGUGAUGAUGUUGCAGUUCUCCCAUCGCGCUUACAUGAAAAAUACAUCGAAUAUUGGAUUGGCAAAAAGUCAAUACCCCUGCCUGCCAGAUUUGACUCACUACCAAAAUUAUGCAAAGAGAUUCUCCGCGAAUUCUCCAUCACAAAUUUAAGGCAUUCAGCUGAGGGCAAAAAAAUGUCAAGUGCGUCACAACCCAGACCUAUGGAAGCCCAAUACCAGGAUGAAUUCUACAGUGGAUUUGUCCAUACAGCAGGACGAGGUGUACCGAUAUCCAGUGAAUGGUCAAGGACCAAGGAUGGUCGAGUGGAUUUCUAUAUCCCUGAAAAGAAAUGGGCGAUUGAAUUGUUGAGAGAUCAUGGAGAAGUUGAUGAACAUAUCUCUCGAUUCAAGGCAGGCGGAAAGUAUCAUCCCUGGCUGGAGGAGAAGAUGAUCAAAGAUUGGAUCAUAAUCAACUGUGCGACUUCUUUACCAACCAAAGAGUUCUCUGAGCCUAAGCUGUGGCACGCUGUGUUCAUCAAUGAUUAUUCUGAAUUACAGCUGUAUAACCAUCAGAAAGCUCUUAUUAUGUCUGUACAUCUACAUAAUUGA